AUGGAGUCGGCCUUGUUCAUCUUUCGUCACCGCAAGUUGUGCGAACAUGUGACAGUGCCUGCAGCCACAAAGGCACUCUGUAUUGUUAGCCAUUGCUUUAGUCAAGCCCUGCUUUGCAAGAUGAUGCCCAAAAGCAGUGAAAAGUGGAGUUACUCGCAGGCUUUCUCAGGAAAAAUAGAGCGCCGUGUAGGAAACAGCAAAACAAUUGCGGUUCAGUGUGGUGACUUCCCUCAUCUGUUGGUGUAUGGACCAUCAGGAGCUGGAAAAAAGACAAGAAUAAUGUGUUUGUUAAGGGAAUUAUAUGGUGCAGGAGUGGAAAAACUGAGGAUUGAGCAUCAGAGUAUAACGGCACCUUCUAAAAAGAAAAUUGAGAUUAGCACCAUUGCAAGUAAUUAUCACCUUGAAGUUAACCCAAGUGAUGCAGGAAACAAUGACCGUGUAGUAAUUCAGGAACUCUUGAAGACAGUAGCACAAUCCCAACAGCUUGAGACAAGUACUCAACGAGAUUUUAAAGUGGUGCUGUUAACAGAAGUCGACAAACUCACUAAAGAUGCUCAGCAUGCUUUGCGAAGAACAAUGGAGAAGUACAUGGCGACCUGCAGGUUGAUUCUGUGCUGCAACUCCAUGUCAAAAAUUAUAGGACCUAUUCAAAGCAGAUGCCUGGCUGUACGAGUGCCUGCUCCCAGCAUUGAAGAUAUCUGCCAUGUCUUGUCCAGUGUGUGUAAGAAAGAAGGCCUGACUCUUCCUCAGGAACUGGCUCAAAGGCUUGCAGAGAAAUCUGGCAGGAAUCUUCGGAAAGCAUUACUUAUGUGUGAGUCCUGCAGAGUACAACAGUAUCCUUUUACUGCUGAUCAAGACAUUCCUGAGAUGGACUGGGAAGUUUAUCUGAGAGAAACUGCAAAUGCUAUUGUUGGUCAACAGACACCACAAAGGCUUUUAGAGGUCCGUGGACGGCUUUAUGAACUCCUGACACACUGCAUUCCUCCUGAGAUUAUAAUGAAGGGCCUCCUUACAGAACUUCUAAAUAACUGUGAUGGACAACUGAAAGGAGAAGGUGCACAGAUGGAGGCCUUCUAUGAACACCGCCUGCAACUGGGCAGCAAAGCCAUUUAUCAUCUGGAAGCAUUUGUAGCAAAGUUUAUGGCAAUUUACAAGAAGUUUAUGGAGGAUGGACUAGAUGACAUGAUGUUCUAACUCUGAUGCCCAAAGUCGUGCACAGAAUGUUGUGUCAUGAUGCCAGUAACGUUGCAAAUGUUGUCUACUUGUCCAUGCUUGACUGCAUGUGGGUCUAGUUCAAAGCCAAAUAUUUUAUUUUGCUAUUAAUAGAAAACACAGUGAACUAAAGAACAAUGUUUGUUCACUUUUAGAAACCAGAUGGAUUGUUUGACAGCCACAAAUCUAUCUUUAGAUCCAUAAAAAACACAUUAGCCUUUCAGAAAGAUAACAAGUUACCUUGGAAGACGUGUAAGAUCAUAGUCGCUUUGCAGUAUUUGUAAGCUGACGUUAAGGAGAGAGAACAUGGAUGCUGCAUACUUGCUUUUUGACUUUCAUGGGCAAGGCUGUAAGCAAAGGAUGGUUUUUCCAUGUUGUGGUAAGUUCCAGUUUGAGCAUGUAUGUUCUGCCUACUGAUUUAUGUAUCUCGCUGCUUGUCUGGCUUCUCUUAUUUUAGCCACACUGUCUUCUGUGGUGUGCUGACACAGGAUGUUUUCUGACUCUUGUUUGUAAGCAGUUGCAUUGAAAUUGUGGAUGAGCAAUACUUUUGUGUUGCUUGUAAAUCAGUUUGACAACACGGAACUUUUUGUUUGGAAGGAAUAUACCUAUAUAAAGCAAGGCCACUUGCUGGCUGGCACUUUCAACAUACAUAAUGCUGUUCAGGUAAAGAUUAUUCCUUUGGCUGUGGUUUAAUCAAGGGUAAGGUUUCAACUUCUUACCAAUAUUCUUUCACCUCUUAAAACGAUAUGUGACAUUUUAAAAAUGGCAAAAUAAAUUGGAAAAAUAUGAACAACAAAUGCAAUGCUGAAUUAGUGUUUCACGCUGUCUGUAGCUACCUAGGUAUUUGCUUUGAUGUAGACUGUCUUUCAGAAAGGUGGGAUAUACCCC